UGGGGUUUAAAGGGCGGGAGCUCGGGUCAGCUGACGGCCGCGUCCAGCUUCUCCGCCCGUGUCUCGGCCGCUGCGGGGAAGAUGACAGGGAAGCGACUGGACACGUCGCUGCCGGGCACUGCGUCCCGGGGCACAGCCUGGAGACUGCGGGCGCUGGGCUUCGGGGCAGGCCGUAGGGUUCCGGUGUUGGCCGCGGUCUUCCCGCUGCUGUUGUGUCUGGCGGGAUUCGGGGCUGGGGCUCAGGACGACUUCAGUCUGGGGGAGGCGCGGGGGACCAUGGAGCAGCUGUUGUGGGUGAGCGGGAGGCAGAUCGGCGCCGUGGACACCUUCCGCAUCCCGCUCAUCACAGCCACUCCUCGGGGCACCCUCCUCGCCUUCGCGGAGGCCAGAAAGAUGUCUGCAUCGGAUGAAGGAGCCAAAUUCAUUGCCCUGCGGAGGUCCCUGGAUCAGGGCAGCACGUGGUCCCCCACCGCGUUCAUUGUAGAUGACGGGGAGACCCCAGACGGGCUGAACCUGGGGGCAGUGGUGUGCGAUGUGGAGACGGGGGUAGUAUUCCUGUUCUACACCCUCUGCGCUCACAAGGCCGGCUGCCAGGUGGCCUCCACCAUGCUGGUGUGGAGCAAGGACGAUGGCGUCUCCUGGAGCCCACCCCGGAACCUCUCCCUGGAUAUCGGCACCGAGAUGUUUGCCCCUGGUCCGGGCUCCGGCAUUCAGAAACAGCGGGAGCCACGGAAGGGCCGGCUCAUCGUGUGUGGCCAUGGGACGCUGGAGAGGGACGGGGUGUACUGUCUCCUCAGCGAUGACCACGGUGCCUCCUGGCGCUAUGGGAGUGGGGUCAGCGGCAUCCCCUUUGGCCAGCCCAAGCGGGAAAACGAUUUCAACCCUGACGAAUGCCAGCCCUACGAGCUCCCAGAUGGCUCAGUUGCUAUCAACGCCCGGAACCAGAACAACUACCACUGCCACUGCCGGAUCGUCCUCCGCAGCUACGACGCCUGUGAUACCCUGCGGCCCCGCGACGUGACCUUCGACCCCGAGCUCGUGGACCCCGUGGUCGCCGCGGGAGCCAUAGCCACCAGCUCCGGCAUCGUUUUCUUCUCUAACCCAGCCCAUCCAGAGUUCCGAGUGAACCUGACCCUGCGCUGGAGCUUCAGCAAUGGCACUUCGUGGCAGAAGGAGACGGUCCAGCUGUGGCCAGGGCCCAGUGGCUACUCGUCCCUGGCAGCCCUGGAGGGCAUGGAGGGAGGGGAGCAGGGCCCGCAGCUCUAUGUGCUGUAUGAGAAGGGCCGGAACUACUGCACAGAGAGCAUCUCCAUGGUCAAGGUCAGCGUCUACGGGUCACUCUGAGCAGUGCCUGCCGCAGGGGCAGGAGGCCCUGGACUCCGCCUGCAGAGGCCCGAGACACUAGCAUUUUACAAAAUCGGCUUCUCGACAGGGAAGUUACUCCGUUAGGACUGAACGCCUGGCUUCCUCUCCACACAGGAAGCCCUGCCCUCACCUGGGAGCACUUCUUUUCCACAUGGCUGGGUGUGGCGCCCUUCCCUUCCAGCCCUGGAAGGACAGCGAUUGGUCCUCUCUCGGGCAGGGCUAGGUGGGCCUGGAGGAUUGAAUCCACGCGAACUCAGGGAAUGGGGAAAGCUGAGCUUCCUCCUUGGGUGUGGAGGAAGACGCUGCAAGAGGGUUGGUGAAAAGUCCCUGGAGGACAGGAUAUUUGGUUUCAGGGGCAAAAGCUAAGUACACCACCCCCUUGACUAUUUAUGAAUCAAAAUGUUUGUAAUUUAAAGUUUUUAAUGAAAGAGGAUGAAGACGUGUA